CGAGAACGCAGCACUCAAAUAACUCGGAACCUGAGCUGAGUGUCAUGGCUGCCACCACUAUAGUGAUCCAGGAGCAGCCGAAGGCGGUGGCGAGGGUCACGGCAUGGAGUUCAGGACUGUUCCACUGCUGCCAGGACAGGAAGUCAUGCUGUUUUGCCUUUUGGUGUUUGCCCUGCUUCGCCUGCAGCACCUCAUCCGAGUUUGGUGAGAGUUUAUGUCUCCCUCUUGUGGAUCUAUUGGGCCCUGCACUCGUAGCAGCCACCGGUGUCGGGAUCUGUGUCCCUCCAGUCACUCUGUCCAUGAGGGUGGCCAUACGGUACAAGUACAGUAUCCCGGGCAGUCUGUGUGAAGACAUCCUGAUCUCCUGCUUUUGCUGUGGUUGCUCGUGGUGCCAGAUGAAUCGGGAAAUCAAACACCGUAAACGGACCGCGGCGGUUAUCAUGACCACUCAGCCCGUGACCCUCAUCAACACCACCCUGCCGGGAAUGUAGCACAUGGCACGCACUGAGGAUCAGCUGCCUGAUCUUCUGUCUCAGUUUUUAUACUAUAACUAUCUGAGGACUCUGAGAUGAUCAUGCACAGGGAGCGUGUGGUGUUUGAGUCUGUGUGAGUCUAUGGAUAACACAUAACGUUUCCUCAUGAGAGAGAUGUGUUGACUGCUGCAAGAUCUCGACUCUCCAGACUCGAAUACCGCGCGCUCGCUAUGUGAGAUUGUGUUGAGUCUCCACCGUGAGGCACUACUGUUCCUUAAUAUUAAUAUAUAACAAGGUGUGAUUGAUGGCUCUUGAUCAUUUGAUGGCACAUACAAGAAAAAGAUUUUGUUUAUAUUCAGAAGAAAAAAAUCAACAAUAAUUAAUAUGUCUCUCUGUCUUUAAAUUACACUUGUUGUAUCCUGGUCUGUUCAUAUUUAACAUUUAAUUAGUUUUUUUCUCAUGAUUAUAAACUGCAUCACUAAUAUUCCUCAUCAUAAAUCACUUUAAAUGUUACAAUUUUAAAUUGUAAAAAAAUGAAGCUGUAAUCAAUAAACAUUAAUUUAUUA